AAAACAUUGUAGACCAAGAAGCCAUGGAUAAGAGAAGUGUAGGAGAAACAGAAAAUGGGGAUGCUUUCCUUGACCAGAAGAAGCCACCCACCUCCAAAUCCCCCCAUCGUUAUACAAAAGAGGAGCUUUUGGAUAUAAAAGAACACCCCCAUUCCAGACAGAGGCCUUCAUGUCUUUCUGAAAAAUACGACAGUGAUGGUGUCUGGGACCCUGAGAAGUGGCAUGCCUCUCUCUACCCAGCCUCAGGACGGAGUUCACCAGUAGAAAGUCUGAAAAAAGAGUCAGAUACUGACUGGCCUUCCCUGGUACGCAGGAUAGUAGAUCCCCGGGAGCGCGUGAAGGAAGAUGACCUGGAUGUGGUUCUCAGCCCGCAGAGACGGAGCUUUGGUGGCGGCUGCCACGUGACAGCGGCCAUGAGCUCCCGCCGCUCCGGAAGCCCGCUGGAGAAAGAUGGCGAUGGGCUUCGCCUGCUUGGUGGACGGAGGAUCGGCAGUGGGAGGAUAAUCUCCGCCCGAACAUUUGAAAAGGAUCACCGCCUCAGCGACAAGGACCUUCGGGACCUGAGAGACCGAGACCGGGAGCGGGAGCGGGACUACAAAGACAAGCGUUUCAGGAGGGAGUUUGGGGACAGUAAACGUGUGUUUGGUGAGCGCAGAAGAAAUGACUCAUACACUGAGGAAGAACCAGAAUGGUUCUCAGCAGGACCCACGAGUCAGUCUGAAACCAUUGAGCUGACUGGCUUUGAUGACAAGAUACUAGAAGAGGAUCACAAAGGCAGAAAAAGAACGCGGAGACGGACGGCCUCUGUAAAGGAAGGCAUAGUGGAAUGCAAUGGAGGAGUAGCUGAAGAGGACGAGGUGGAAGUCAUCCUGGCCCAGGAGCCCACUACUGACCAGGAAGUACCGAGGGACGCUGUCCUGCCUGAGCAGUCCCCAGGAGAAUUUGACUUUAAUGAGUUCUUUAAUCUUGACAAGGUGCCAUGCUUGGCUUCGAUGAUUGAAGAUGUUUUGGGAGAAGGGUCCGUGUCCGCCAGUCGGUUCAGCAGGUGGUUCUCUAACCCAAGCCAGUCAGGAAGCAGGUCCAGCAGCCUUGGGUCUACACCACACGAAGAGCUGAAGAGACUAGGUCUGGAACAAGCCAUCCUCUCUCCUGGACAAAACUCGGGGAAUUAUUUUGCUCCUAUACCAUUGGAAGAUCAUGCUGAAAAUAAAGUGGACAUUUUAGAAAUGCUACAAAAAGCCAAAGUGGAUUUAAAGCCUCUUCUUUCCAGCCUUUCUGCAAAUAAGGAAAAACUUAAAGAGAGUUCCCACUCGGGGGUUGUACUGUCAGUGGAAGAGGUAGAAGCAGGGCUCAAGGGCUUGAGAGUGGACCAGCGAGUGAAGCAUGCGGCUCCCUUCAUGGCAGAGCACCUAGAGGAGACGCUGAACGCCGUCGCCAGCAGUCGACACGUCAAGAAAGAUGGAGACAUGACUGCCUUCAACAAGCUCGUGAGCACCAUGAAGGCCAGCGGGACGUUGCCUUCUCAGCCCGAAGUCGGCCGAAACCUUGAAAGUCAUUUGUUGACACCAACUGAGAUUCCAAGCCAGCCUGUCCCUAAGAACAUCCUGCAGGAACUUUUGGGUCAACCAGUUCAGAGACCUGCUUCUUCCAGUCUUCUGAGUGGCCUCAUGGGGAGCUUGGAGCCUACUGCAUCCUUACUGGGCCAGAGAGCACCCUCUCCUCCCAUGUCACAGGUGUUUCAAACUCGAGCGUCCUCCGCAGACUACCUUCGUCCAAGGAUACCGUCACCCCUCGGUUUCGCACCAGGACCCCCGCAGCUGCUUGGAGAUCCAUUCCAAGGCACGCGCAAGCCCAUGAGCCCCAUCACAGCCCAGAUGAGCCAGCUAGAGUUGCAGCAGGCAGCUUUGGAGGGCCUGGCCCUGCCACAUGACCUAGCAGGACCGGCAACAAACUUCUACCAGCCUGGUUUUGCCAAACCACAAAUCGACAGAACCAGAGAUGGAUUCAGAAACAGGCAGCAGAGAGUGUCGAAAUCACCAGUGCCGGUGCACCGGGGAAGUUCCUCGUCCCCUGCUCCUGCUGCUUCCAUCACAAGCAUGCUCUCUCCCUCCUUCACCCCUACCUCAGUGAUCCGGAAGAUGUACGAGAGCAGGGAGAGAAGCAAGGAGGAGCCCGCGCUGGGGAAGAUGGUUCCCAGUGACAGUAAGGACGACGCUCGGAAGGCCGGCGACACGCUCACUCAGCCCGAGAACCUGCUGUCCUCUAACUGCAUAUCCAAUACUGAUCGAGACUCUUCACCUACAACGAAUCCCAAAGUUUCAGCAUCACAGCGGUCUUCAUGCGCCACACCCCUGUCACAGACCAGCCGCUACACCAAAGAACAAGACUAUCGACCGAAAACAGCUGGGAGGAAAACACCCACCUUGGCAUCUCCAGUGCCAGGGACACCUUUUCUGCGCCCUGCUCAUCAAGUUCCCAUCGUUCCCCAUGUUCCUAUUGUCAGGCCCACUCACCAGCUUCACCCAGGGUUGGUCCAGAGGAUGCUAGCCCAGGGAGUACAUCCACAGCAUCUUCCAAGUCUGCUCCAAGCUGGUGUGCUUCCUCCAGGGAUGGACUUGACUCACUUACAGGGCGUACCUGGGCCAAUCCUAGGUCAGCCCUUUUUCCCUUUACCUGCUGCUAACCAUCCCCUCCUCAGCCCGCGUCCUGGGACACCUCUGCAUCUGGCAAUGAUGCAGCAGCAACUGCAGCGCUCAGUUUUGCAUCCUCCUGGUUCUGGUUCCCAGGCUGCGGCAAUCAGCCCGCAGACCCCUCAGCACAUGCCCAGCCGGGCAGGCCUGCCCCACGUGCACUCCCAGAUGGAGCAUCGUCCCAGCCAGAGGAGCAGCUCCCCCGUGGGUCUUGCCAAAUGGUUUGGCUCAGAUGUACUCCAGCAGCCCCUGCCCUCCAUGCCUACCAAAGUCAUCAGCGUCGAUGAACUGGAGUAUCGACAAUGAACAGGGCAGGCAGGACCCAUGAGGGUGGGACUCAGGACUCUGCUUCUCAUCUGUUUGUGGGCUUUUACAUGGAGCCGUUUAGAGGACUCGCAUACCUAGCGAAAUAUGCAUUAUGACCGAAGGACGUAAGCCAGUUGAGUGAAGCCUACAUGAUCUGAAUAUGGAUACAGUGCUGUCAAUCCGGCAAACAGUCUUUCUUUUGUAAGAUAUGUGAAUGAAGUGUUGGUGUCUUCACCAAGAGGUGGCACCUAAGGGUUCUGAGAAAAUACAAUGUACAGACCCUUAUGUACAGACCUGUGUAUAAACUUUUGUACAUACAUAGAGGAUAGCUUUUUUGAACUUAAUACAGCUGUACAUAAAAUAGCUAUUAGUUAA